GAAAUCUUUGUUUUGUGUAACUUUUGUUAUUUAAUUAUUAAGGUGUUUGUUAGUUUUUAAAUAAAUCCGUAAUGGGUGAACCAGAAACUGUAACAGCUGCUUUAAACUUAGAUUUGGCUCAACAGCAGGGUUUUGUCAGAUAUUUCAACAGUCUUCCAGAGAAACCGACAUCAACGGUACGUUUUUUUAACCGCUCAGACUACUACACGCUACACGGUGACGAUGCUACCCUUGCAGCGAAUUUUACCUCCACAAUCAUCAAAUACAUGGGUGAAGCGCCCACUCUCAGCUAUGUCUGCCUCAACAAGAACAAGAUGGAGGCCCUUGUUCGAGAUUUGUUGUUGGUUCGUCAAUACAGAGUCGAGGUCUAUACAAAGACCCCAGGCAAGAACAACUCAUGGAGCUUAGAAUUUAAAGGCUCUCCAGGAAAUCUAGCCCAAUUCGAGGAAAUCCUUUUCGAAAACGCCAACAUAGAAUCCUCUAACCACGUUAUGGCCGUCAAACUCUGCAAAAACAACACUAUCGCUGUCAGCAGCGUCAACACUACCGAUUUAACCAUAGAAGUUUGCGAAUUCACCGACAACGAAUGCUACACAGACCUAGAAGCCUUGAUAGCUCAAAUCGGACCGAAAGAGUGUAUAAUCCCUGAUGGUGAAACCAGUGAAACUAAGGUUCUCAAGACCGUGCUAGAAAGGAACGGUGUCUUGAUGGCUAAAGUCAAAAAAACUGAUUUUGUCGGAGAGGAUUUUGUUCAGGACCUGAAUAAGUUGCUGUUUUUUCAACAGGGUCAACAACGAAACGCUCAAGCUUUGAGUGAGUGUGCGUUAACUAAUGCUAUGGGUUGUUUGCAGGCUUUGGUGAAAUUUUUGGAUCUCACUGGUAGUGAGAGCAAUUUUAAUCAGUACAGAUUAGGAAAAUUAGAUGUUCAACGCUAUGUCCGCCUAGACAAUGCAGCAUUAUAUGCCCUAAAUGCUUUCCCAGGCACAAACGAAAUCACCAACGUCGUCCGCUCUAGCAUACCCAAAUCUCACAGCCUUUUUGGCAUCCUUAACUGCUGCGUUACACCUCAAGGUGGCAGAUUACUAGAACAAUGGAUAAAACAACCUCUCAAAGACAUUACUCUAAUUGAGGAAAGACUCGACAUUGUAGAUUGCUUGGUCCAAAACUCAGAAGUCAGGACUGUUCUUACCAAAGAUAACCUAACAAAAAUUCCUGAUCUGAUGAUGUUGUCCAAGAAACUCGCAGGAAAGAAAGUUAAACUUCAAGAUUGCUACAAAUUGUACCAAGCGGUGAACGCCGUGCCUACUUUUAUAAAUAAUUUGAGAAAGUUGGACAAUAAAUGCGUGAAAAGUAAUUUUAUAGAUCCUCUAUGUGAGCUAGCUGCGGAUAUGGAGAAUUUUCAGAGCAUGAUUGAGGAGUUGGUCGAUUUGGAUCUGGUUGACAGAGGAGAAUUUUUGAUUAAGAGUUCAUUUAAUUCUGAGAUGAGUGAACUUCACCGAUCAAAAUUGAAAAUUGAAGAAAAAAUGCAAAAACUUCUAUCAAAAGCAGCUGAUGAUUUAGAACUGGAUGUCAAAUCUAUAAAAUUAUGGCUUUUGCCUCAAAAAGGAUAUUCCUUCAGGAUAACCAAGAAAGAUGAGGCAGCUUUGAGACAGAAUAAAGAGUACACUGUAUUAGACGCCUUGACUGGUUCAAUUAGGUUUACUAGUGACGCACUAUCUUCUCUCAACGAAGAUUACAUUGAAAUCAGCGAAAAGUACGAAGAAGCACAAAAAUCUGUCGUUAGUGGCAUGAUCGAAGUGUCUAUUGGUUAUGCCGAUUCAGUAAGAAGCCUGAACAUGAUCCUAGCCAUGUUAGAUGUCCUAUGCUCUUUUGCAACAGUGUCAGUAACUGCCAGAGUUCCUUACAGACGUCCAGUUCUGAAACCUGCCUCAGAAGGCGUUCUGAAACUGAGCAAAGUCCGUCAUCCAUGUUUGGAGAACCAAGAACACGUGUCGUAUAUUCCAAACGACGCGGAAUUUGAUAAGAACGACAAGUUUUUCUUUGUCAUAACCGGACCUAAUAUGGGAGGCAAAAGUACUUACAUUAGGUCUAUAGGUGUAGCUGUGCUUAUGGCUCAUAUCGGCUGUUUUGUACCUUGCGAUUUCGCAGAAAUCUCUCUAGUCGACGGAAUUCUUGCCAGGGUUGGUGCAGACGACUGCCAACUCAAAGGGUUGUCCACUUUUAUGCUGGAGAUGGUAGAGACAUCCACAAUUCUUAAGACGGCAACAAGUAAUUCCUUGGUUAUUAUUGACGAGCUAGGCAGAGGCACGUCUACGUAUGAUGGUUGUGGAAUAGCGUGGGCUAUAGCAGAAUGUUUGGCGACAGAAAUCAAAUGUUUUUCGUUAUUCGCCACACACUUUUACAAAAUAACUAAUCUGAGCGACAUGUAUCCAUCGGUUGGCAAUCUGCACGUUUCCGCCAUCACAACUGACAAUACGAUCACUCCAUUAUACCAGGUCAAAGAAGGAGAAAGUGACAGGAGCUACGGCAUAUACUGCGCCAAAUUAGCUGGGUUUCCAGAUGACGUUUUAAAGUGGUCUACAGAGAAUUUACAAGACUUGGAACAUGACAGAGGAAUGAAAUAUAUCAAUGACUAUGAAGUUACCAUGAAGAAGAAAACAAUUGAGGAAGGAGAUCAAAUAAUCAGAGAAACACUUCUGAAACUCAAAACCUUCGAAGACAAAUCUUCAUCAGAAGUGGAAAGCCUCCUGGAAGAUAUAAAAAAGAAUUUGGAGAACAGUACAAAUGGUUUUGUUAAAGGUUUAGUAGAGGCUGAAAACUAAAAUAUGACUUUAUUGUAAAGACAAAGAAUCUCGUAAUAAAAUUUAUUUUUUUAA